UUUUGUGUUAAUUGCAAAAAGUUUAUCAUAUUUGUUUUAGGUAUUUGAGAAGUAACAGAAGCGGUGAUUGUUUCUGAAGUAUUGAAAGCUACAUCUGUUUAAUCAGGACCUCAGAAAGCGAGAAAGAUAUAAAAGGGCCUAUCAAAUAUGUCCUCCUCCUCCCAGUCAUCUUCAAGGCGGCAGUGGUGUUGUUACCUUUGCGAUUUGCCUAAGAUGCCAUGGGCUAUGAUCUGGGACUUUAGCGAGACUGUCUGCCGAGGCUGUGUGAAUUAUGAAGGGGCGGACCGUAUUGAAUUCCUCAUAGAGACGGCCAGGCAGUUGAAAAGAACUCAUGUUAUGCAGGAUGACAGGUCCCCGGGUCCCCAGCCCACUAAACAUGGCCCAGGUGGGAGAGAUGGACCCAUGGAGGGUGGCAGGCCACCUCCUGAACUCUUUGAAAGGGGAAGAGGGGACUACGGAGCCCCAGCACGGCUCCCCAACGGUCUGAACAGAAUAGAUGACGGGUGCCCACAACAAGACGUCAGUGGACAGAGCCCUAACAACGCCAGAAGACCCAUGGUGGGUACCGUUCCGCCCAAUUUAAUGACACAAGGCCUUGUGGGGGCUCCGCACGGGUUGCUAGCAGCUGUGCCUGGUUUAAAUGCCAGAGUCGGGGGAACCCCCCUCACCCUCUCUGCCCCCAUGCUGAAUGAGAUCACCAAGAGGCAGCUGAGUAUGGGCAUGGGUGUGGCCUCCUUCCUGAGCCCGGAGUUUGAGAAGGAGCUGAGGGAGAAGCAGAGGAACGCAGAGGCUCUGGCCGAGCUGUCGGAGAGCGUACGGAACCGAGCAGACGACUGGGCCGGCAGACCCAAGGCUGUACGAGGGGCCCUGCUCACCCUCUCCGGCUGCACCCCCUUCAACGUGCGCUUCAAGAAGGACCACAGCCUGGUGGGGCGGAUCUUUGCAUUCGACGCCAAGCUGACACUGGACUUUGAGCUGAAGAUCUUUGCGGAGUACCCGUGCGGCUCGGGGUAUAUGUUCUCCAGCCAGGCGGCAAUGGUCAAGCAGAUGUUCCAUGACAGCCAGAAAGACUCUGGGAACAAGAUGAUCAACUCGGGCCUGAAGUAUGUGGAGUAUGAGAAAAGACAUGGCGCAGGGGACUGGCGGCUGCUCUCUGAGCUGCUGAGUGAUGCGGUACGGGCCUUUAAGGACACCCCCAGCCCUGAUGUUCUCCCCCAGCCCUACCUGGACACCAGCUGCUCCAUGCUACCCACAGCGCUGUGUCACAUGGCCCGCUCAGCACCGCCAGCCCGCGGGCGCCGGAGGAAGGCUUCCCCGGAGCCCCAGGGUGGAGAGGUAGUGACCACAGAGGAGCAGCUCCGGCAGCACUGGCCCAUGGGGAUGUACCCGGGCAUGGCUAUCCACCUAGCUUCCUCCCCCCUCCCCAGCACUAGCCAGCCACCUCCUCACCAGGAGGGCUCGGCCUCCCACUCCCACAGCAGCGACCCCUCCCCCAUCACAGCCCUGAUGAGCGUGGCAGACAACGCGGGUGCAGCCUCUGGCCAGUCACCCAGAGAGGCCCCUAGCAGCAGUAGUGGUGGUGGAGGCCUGGACCACUCCUCCUUGGCAGUGAGACAGAGCAGCAGCCCCAUGGCAGCCUGCCCUGCGGGGCAGCAGCGCCACCUGGCCUCCAGGAACGGGGAACCCCAGGGAGCCAGCAACUAUGCAGGGGGCACCAUGGCAGCUCUGCCCCUGGCUGGGGCCUCAGACCAGGGAGCAGGGGACCCCUCCGGCACCUCUGGUCCCCCUCUCUGCUGCACCAUCUGCCACGAGCGCUUGGAGGACACUCACUUUGUUCAGUGCCCGUCAGUUGCGGCCCAUAAGUUCUGCUUCCCUUGCACCAGAGACUUCAUCCGGAGCCAGGGGGCCGGCAGCGAGAUGUUCUGCCCCAGUGGAGAGAGGUGUCCCCUGGUGGGCUCCAACGUGCCCUGGGCCUUCAUGCAGGGAGAGAUCUCUACCAUCCUGGCUGGAGAUGUCAAGGUGAAGAAGGAGCGUGACCCCUAAAUCCUCUGGGACACCUGACUAAGGCUGUUGAUGCCUGAGUGGAGCUGCAGCCUGGUGCUUGCAGACAGUAAACGCCAAUCCACCAGGUUCUCCCCACCUCACAGCCAACCACCACGACAAUCCGCCAGGUUCUCCCCACCUCACAGCCAAGCACCACGCCAAUCCACCAGGUUCUCCCCACCUCACAGCCAAGCACCACGACAAUCCGCCAGGUUCUCCCCACCUCACAGCCAAGCACCACGACAAUCCGCCAGGUUCUCCCCACCUCACAGCCAAGCACCACGACAAUCCGCCAGGUUCUCCCCACCUCACAGCCAAGCACCACGCCAAUCCGCCAGGUUCUCCCCACCUCGCAGCCAAUCAUUAUACACUUCUACCUCCAUGGGGUGGGCCUUACACUACCACACCACUGUCUGGUUGGUAAGGGGUGACCAUACCCCCAGCCCCAACUCACCUCUAAUACCUAAUUCACCCCUUUGUCCCUCAAAGAUCAACUUAUCUACAUUGGUAUUGGUCACUAGUAUUAGUAUUUAUAAACCAGUGGACCAUGGUUGGGAAGUAUGAACUUCAUCUAGCCCCUGUUAUAGGUGAUUUUAGGUCUGUUGUUUUCUGUUUCAUGGAACAUCUUUCUAAAAGAUAUGAGUGGCAUUGUGAAAGACUGAUGACGUCACUAAAUGUUACAGCAAUGUACAGACUUGUACUGUUCCUCUUGUGACAUUUUUUUUUGUUUGUUUUGCAUCACAUUUGCGCUUUACAUAAAACUGACUUUGACUAUUACGGAGCGAAUUGUUUGCUCUUUGCUGAAACCUCAAACCAGCAGUUAAUGUAUGUCAUGCCAUCUUUUUAUAAGACAGAAACGGGGACUUUCAGUGCUACACAAUACAAUAACAUGGCUUUCACAGUGCCCAACAAAGAUGCUUUAUCCAGCAUGUAUGAAAUGGGAUGGAUACCUCUCUAUUUUAUACUGAAUGUAGAAUGUAAGACAAUCUCUCUCGAUGGUAAUAGAUGUGCAAUCUACAGUUCUGAUACAAUACAGCUUGUGUGUAUCACUGAGUAGCCUAUACACGUGCAUAUAAACCAAAUAUAGAUUCAUGCUAAAGUAGAUGUAUAGUGCCUAUAGAAGUCUAUACCCCCUUGAACUUUUUUCACAUUUUGUUGUGUUACAAAGUAGGAUUGAAAUAGAUUCAAUUGUACUUUUUUUUGUCAUUGAUCUACACAAAAUACUCCAUAAUGUCAAAGUGAAAAGAAAAUUCUAAAAUGUUUUACAAAUUAAAUAACAAAAAUAUAGUUGUUGCAUAAGUAUUCACCCCCUUUGUUUAGGCAAGCCUAAAUUUGUUCAGAAUCUUGACAAAGGCAAAGACUGGGGAGGUUUUCAAGAAAAGAAAUGGAAUGGAGCAAAGCACAGGCAAAAUCCUUGAUGAAAACCUGCUUCAGUCUGCUUGUACUCCAGACACUGGGUGUGUAAUUCACCUUUCAGAAGGACAAUAACCUACAACACAAAGCCAAAUCUACACUGGAGUUGCUUACCAAGA